AUGCCGCCGCCGUUGCUCAUGGUGGGGAGGCAGCCGAGGUGGUGCAGGGGGAAAUCCGGCGGAUCCGCGCGGACGCUCGGCGUCGCAGUGGUGGUGGUUGCCCUCGUCGUCUCCCUCUGCUUCAUCGGCAGCCGUCUCACGGGGACGACACAGCUGGGUGGCGGCGCCCAGCUCGCUUCAGAUUCCGGGAGGACCGUGGCAGCGGCAGCAGGAGCCCAUCCCGGCGAUCAGGUGGUGGCGACUGAUGAGAUGCAGGAGGAGCUGGUUUACAUCGUCGGACGACGACGCCUGCUGUCGGGCGGCCUGGGGUCGCAUCCGCCACGGUGCACCACCAAAUGCGGCAGCUGCAACCCGUGCUACCCGGUGCACGUGUCCGUGCCGCCGGGGGUGCUGGUCACCACCGAGUACUACCCGGAGGCGUGGCGGUGCAAGUGCCGGGACCAGCUCUACAUGCCGUGA